CAUGGUACAUUCUACCUUCAAAUUUUCUUGUGUUUUGUUGAUCUUAGUGUGCAUUUCUGCCAUUUAUUUUUAUUCUAUACUUUCUGUACAAUCAACUGUGUGGGAUGUUCUGUCUGUCAGUGCCUUUGUCCACCUCUGUCUAGUGUAGCAAGUCCAUGUGUAAGACUGUCUGUCUCCUCGGUCUGCUAUAGAAUGACUGGUGCUUUUGUUGAUGUUGAUGUCUGCUAUAGAAUGACUUUGGUGUUUUUGUUGAUGUCUGCUAUAGAAUGACUUUGGUGCUUUUGUUGAUGUCUGCUAUAGAAUUACUUUGGUGCUUUUGUUGAUGUUGAUGUCUGCUAUAGAAUUACUUGUUGUUAUUAUGUUGAUGUUUAUAGUUCUUAACAGACGAUUUUAUCUGAAGUCAAGUUUAAUAUGUGUCGUUGUGGCCAAAGAGGAAUGUUUAGCUUUCUCAGUAAGGUGUACAGGACCCCUGAGGAGGAGGCCCGGCGCAAAGACAUCUGGCUCUCCACCCGCCGCAGGGUUCUGACCCACAACAUCCUGGCUGACCAGGGCAUCAAGACCUACCGCAUGGGCAUGAACCACUUCUCCGACAUGACCAGGGAGGAGCAUCAUAACACUGUCCUCCUAAGAAGCACGAUCCUUUCCAAUGAGACCAAAGCCACACGCCAGCGAGGGGCUUCCCCUUCCAGACAGACAGGGGGCACUAAGCUUCCCAGUUCAUUUGACUGGAGAAAAAUGGGUUGCGUGACUGGCGUCAAAAAUCAGGGCCCAUGUGGGUCCUGCUGGGCCUUCAGUACAACAGGUGCGCUGGAGUCCCACACCUGUAUCAAACAUGGCCGCCUCCCCUCUCUGAGUGAGCAGCAGCUGGUGGAUUGCUCUGGGUCCUAUGGGACCAAGGGCUGCCAUGGGGGAUGGAUGUACGAUGCCUUUAACUACAUACAGGCUAAUGGCGGAAUAGACACCGAGGAUGCUUAUCCCUAUGAGGGACAGGACUUGCCUUGCCGUUUCAAGCCUUCGGGCGUUGGUGCUACAUGCACAGGAUACGUCACUGUGACCCCGGGAGACGAGCUUUCCCUGCAGGACACUGUGGCCUCGGUUGGGCCUGUGGCUGUGGCUAUCGAUGUUUACAACGAUUUCUGGGCUUAUGAGUCUGGUGUCUAUAAUGAGCCCUCCUGCAAAGACACCAACUUACUCCAUGCCAUGCUGGUGGUUGGCUACGGAACUCAAGAUGGCCAAGACUACUGGCUGGUGAAGAACAGCUGGGACUCUUCGUGGGGAGAAGAAGGCUACAUCAAAAUGUCCAGGAAUAAGGCCAACCAGUGUGAUAUUGCCUCGUAUGCCUUCUACCCCCAAGUGUGAUGAGCUGCCACAGGGAUGUGAGGACACUAUAGAGUUUGCAUCGACCCUCUGCUCAUUUCAUGCUACUACAGGAAAUCAAUUAUUAACAUCAUUUUCAAUAAUGAUCUAGAACUAAUGAUCUGGACAGAAAAGAGUGAAAUAAUUUGGAUUUUGCAAUUCCGGAAAUGAGGCAUCAGGGAAAUGAGGCUUCUUUAACACAGGAACACUGGUGUGGGUUUCCCCAUGAAUUAAUAGCUGCUGUUCUGUCUGUAAAGCUUUGCAUGGGUUAUUGAAAUAAAAUGUUUGCUUACUAAAUC